AAUGGAUUCAUUGUUCGACUGGUCGGGGAUUUCGGGGUCCAGGGGCGAGGGACUUGGAAUAUUGUUGACUAUUGUAUUUUCAAAAUAGGGAGGAAAAUAUCAGAGCCUUCUAAAUGGACAAUGGCUAUGAAAAUAUGUAUACUUAACUGCACAACUUUGGGUUAACCGCUUCAGUUCGUUAGACUCUGUUUCAAUUCAAACAAAGAACCAUGUCUACUCUAAAUCCCGAUUCCACCUCUGUAUUGCUGCCGCCUACCAGCAGCGCAUACUUCAUCGCUGAUGCCCCUGAGAAUAUGGGACAGAAUGUUGCGGCCCAUGAGUCCACCCGCACUGGACACAUGGUAAAGCUUAACAUUUACAGUGAGCCCGAUGAUGUCCGUCGCACGUCAAUCAUCUGUACAAUCGGCCCAAAGACGGGUGCCGUUGACAAGCUAACCGAGCUGCGUCGUGCCGGUAUGAACGUUAUGCGCCUGAACUUUUCUCACGGAUCAUACGAAUUCCACGGAGGUCUUAUCAAAAACCUUCGCGAGUCUUGUGCCAAACUUGCCGGACCUCCAGUGGCCAUUGCUUUGGACACUAAGGGACCCGAGAUCCGCACUGGUAUCUUAAAGGACGGAGACUACACUGUCAAGACCGGCGACGUUAUCGAGUUCAUGUGUGGCAAUGAAGAGUACUUGGAAAAGGGAACACCUGAGCGACAAUAUGUCGACUACAAAAACUUCGGCAAGGUUGUAAAGGAGGGAGAUAUCGUGUACAUUGACGAUGGAUUGCUGUCAUUCGUUGUCGUUGAGACUGGCGCAGACACCGUGAAGAUCAAAGCGCAAAAUUCUGGUCUUCUAGGUUCACGUAAGGGUUGCAAUCUACCCAACGUUGAUGUUGAUCUUCCAGCUCUGUCUGAGAAGGACAAGUCUGAUCUACGAUGGGGUGUUUCCCAGAAGGUCGAUAUGAUUUUUGCCUCGUUCAUCCGUAAAGCAAGUGAUGUAAUAGAAAUCCGUAAGUGCCUAGGUGAAGACGGUAAGGGCAUCUACAUUAUUGUCAAGAUCGAGAAUCAUGAGGGUAUCCGUAACUUUGCCGAAAUUCUUGAGCAGACCGAUGGUGUCAUGGUAGCCCGUGGUGAUAUGGGUAUUGAGGUGCCCCCAGAGAAAGUUUUCCUGGCCCAGAAGAUGAUGAUUGCCAUGUGUAAUUUGGCUGGUAAGCCUGUCAUCUGUGCCACACAAAUGUUGGACUCUAUGACUUAUAAUCCUCGACCCACACGUGCUGAGGUCAGUGAUGUUUCCAACGCUGUACUUGAUGGAGCUGAUUGCGUCAUGUUGUCAGGAGAAACUGCCAAAGGAGACUACCCCAUUGAGACAGUGAACAUGAUGAGCAGCAUCUGUCGCGAGGCUGAAUGCGCCUUCGAUUACAAGGUUGUCUUUGAUGAUCUUAAGAACUUGACGCACACAAACGACACGCGCGAGAUUCUUGCUAUGGCCGCCGUUGAGGCGUCAUUCAAGCAGCCCGCUUCCGCUAUUCUGUGUCUAACCACAAGCGGCGAGACUGCACGUUUGGUUUCCAAAUAUCGCCCUCGUGCACCUAUUCUAGCUGUUACACGCGAUGACCACAUCUCGAAACUCAUGAAUAUGUUCCGAGGUGUAUUCCCUCUGCUAUAUCCCGAGGAGCACGGUGGUGAUUUCCAGGAUGAUGUUGAUAAGAGAAUCGAGUGGGCACUAAAGGAGGCCAAGGCUGCCAAUUUCGUAAAAGCUGGUCAGAACGUGGUUGUCAUACAAGGAUGGAAGGGUGGAUCUGGUUCCACGAACACCCUCCGAAUUAUCAACGUAGAGUAAAUAAUAGAAGCCCACCCUAACCCCCCUGAAUAUAGAGACGGACCCACACUUUGUCCAAGUCGAGAAAAAUAAAAAAUUUCACGACAGAA